AUGAGGGGCCCACUGACGCCGUUUAGUUUGCCGGCAAUGAACACGGAAGAGGGGUACAACGGCGGCAAGCCGGGCCAACAGCAACAGCAGGCGGGCGGCGGUUUUGGCCAGAAGGGUGACAACGGCGACGGCAGUGGCCUCAACAAGGUGAAGUACACAAUGCCCGGCGUGUUGCACUUCAUACAGCACGAGUGGUCCAACUUCGAGCUGGAGCGGUCCCACUGGGAGAUCGACAGGGCCGAGUUGCAGGCGAGAAUUGCAUUUCUUCAGGGUGAAAGAAAAGGUCAAGACAAUCUGAAAAAUGAUUUAAUUCGUCGAAUUCAAAUGUUAGAACACGCGCUACGAGCUGAAAGAGCAAAAUAUCAUAAACUAAAAUAUGGCACAGAAAUUCCACAAUCUGAAAUGCAAUUACCUUCAGCUUCUUCGAGUGCACAAGAUGAAUAUUCUUCUAUACCAGAAGUUGGUGCAGACAGUGAAGCUCCAUUAUCAUCAGUAUCAAAUGUCAGUUGGAAACAAGGCAGACAACUACUUAGAGAAUAUCUACAUGAAAUUGGGUAUACGGAUACCAUUAUUGAUGUUCGGUCAUCACGUGUUCGGAACCUUUUAGGUCUGAAUAAUAAUAACAAUUUGAGUGGUAUAGAACAAGGGCAAAGCGACAAUAAUCAGAUAAAUGGUAACAACUACAAUAAACGUUUUAGUGACAAUCAAGGCCAAUGUUCCCCUACCAAGCGAACACAGCAGCAGCAACAACAACAAAACCAAAAGAAAUUACUGGAUGUCGAAUCAGCUGUCAUGGCAAAUUUUGAGUUUUUAUCUGAAAUGCGUAGCACAAGCGAUUCUGGUGAUGUAGAUAUGGAUGAUGAUGGUGUUGAUGAUGAUGAUGAUGAUGAAGAUGAUGAUGAUGAUGAAAUGGGGAUGGCAGAUGAUGUCAUUGAUAUGACAUCUAUUUGUAAAUUUGGCCCUGAUGAUGUAGAUGCAGAGGCUGAAGAAGUUGUGAAUGAGCUACAAUUAUUGACAGAAGACAUAAGUAACAAAGAGAAUGAACAAAACGACUGGAAAGUUUCAAACAGAGAUGUUUUUAACAAGAAUUCAAAUAAUGCUAAUUGGAUAAAAAAUGAACCAGUUGAAAUGGUUGAUGGAAAUAUGGAUUUAGCUUUAGGUUUAGGAGAAUUGGCACAACUCACUGUAAAUAAUGAAUCAGAGACUAAUGCAGAUAUUAUUGAUAUGAAAACUGCAUCAAGAAAAACAUGGAAUGCUAAGUACACUCUACGUAGUCAUUUUGAUGGUGUUCGGGCUUUGGCUUUUCAUCCAACUGAAUCUAUUCUAAUAACUGCUAGUGAAGAUCAUACUAUGAAGCUUUGGAAUUUGCAAAAAACUAUUGCUCCUAAAAAAUCAGCAUCUUUAGAUGUAGAGCCAUUAUAUACAUUUAGAAGCCACACUGGACCAGUAUUUUGUUUAGCAAUCAGUAAAAACGGUGAACACGUAUACAGUGGUGGUUUGGAUAAUGUAAUCAAAGUGUGGGCAAUGCCAUCAGCUAACAUAGAUCCCUAUGAUUCUUAUGAUAAAAACAUUCUGAUCAAUAACCUAGAAGGCCAUGAAGAUGCUGUGUGGGGAAUUUCAGUUCAUCAUAAUCGUUCAGAGUUAUUAUCAUGUUCAGCUGAUGGUUCAGUUAAACUCUGGUCACCAACCAAUCUCAAGACACCAUGUUUGUCGUCUUAUGUUUCUGAUCAAGAUGAAAUUCCUACUUCAGUUGAUUAUGUUAGAGACAUUGAAGGUCAAUUUGUUGCAUCUUAUAAUUCAUCUCAUUGUGUUAUUUAUGAUAUUGAAACCAAGAGUCCUAUAACUCGAUUAGAAUGCUCAAAGGAUCCUACUGAAAUGGCAACUCAGCUAAUUCAUCGGGUUAAAUGCCACCCAACAUUACCUCUAACUAUUACAGCACACGAUGACCAUCAUAUUCGUUUCUUUGAUAACAAUACUGGCAAAAUGGUUCAUUCUAUGGUCGCCCACUUAGAUGCUGUAACUAGCUUGGCAGUUGAUCCUAAUGGCUUAUAUUUAUUAUCUGGAAGUCAUGACUCAUCCAUUAGAAUAUGGAAUUUAGAAAGUAAAACUUGUGUACAAGAAAUCACUGCACAUCGAAAAAAGUUAGAUGAAUCUAUAUUAGAUGUCGCGUUUCAUCCAUCCGAAGCAUAUAUUGCCAGUGCUGGAGCUGACAGCCUAGUCAAAGUAUUUGUAUAG